UGACAGAGUGAGACCCUGUCUCUGAAAAAAAAAAAAAAUGAAAAAAAUUAAAAUUACGUAUCUGGCUCACGUUUGUGGCUUGCAUUGUAUCUCCAUUGGAUAACACUGUUUUAGAAUGAUUAUAGAAAGAUAAAGGGGGCCAUGACUUUGGUUUCAAUAUGGAAACUCCUAGAUGGUCUCUUUCUGGUUACAUUGCCAUCACAGUUAAUCUUAAAACUCAAUUUCCCUGCUUAGAAACCUUUAAUAUAUUCCUAUUAUCUGUAUAGUAGGGGUCAGCAAACUGGAGCACAUGGGCCAGAUGUCUCACUGUUUUCGUAAAUAAACUUUUCUUGGAACACAACCACGCUCAUUUGUUUACAAAUCGUAGCUGCUUGUGCACAGGAAGGGCAGAGGAGAGUAAGUAUAAGAAUGAGCAUUGAACUACAAUCAGUUUCUAAUCCAGUUCACAGAAAGGACUUAGUUAUUCGUCUGACUGAUGACACGGAUCCAUUUUUUUUAUAUAACCUUGUUAUAUCUGAGGAAGAUUUUCAAAGUUUAAAAUUCCAGCAAGGUCUUCUGGUAGACUUCUUAGCUUUCCCACAAAAAUUUAUAGAUCUCCUUCAGCAAUGUACUCAAGAACAUGCCAAAGAAAUUCCAAGAUUUUUGCUACAGUUAGUUUCUCCAGCAGCUAUUUUGGAUAACUCACCCGCAUUUUUAAAUGUGGUAGAGACAAAUCCUUUUAAGCAUCUUACUCACCUCUCACUAAAACUUUUACCUGGAAAUGAUGUGGAGAUAAAGAAAUUUCUAGCAGGCUGUUUGAAAUGUAGCAAGGAAGAAAAAUUAUCAUUGAUGCAAUCACUAGAUGAUGCUACUAGGCAACUGGACUUUACACAAAAGACAUUAGCAGAAAAAAAACAAGAAUUAGAUAAGUUACGGAAUGAAUGGGCAUCACAUACAGCAGCCUUGACAAACAAGCAUUCUCAGGAACUGACAAAUGAAAAGGAAAAAGCCUUGCAGGCACAGGUUCAAUAUCAACGGCAGCAUGAACAACAGAAAAAAGAUUUAGAAAUCCUCCAUCAACAAAAUAUCCACCAGCUACAAAACAGACUGUCUGAGUUAGAAGCAGCUAAUAAAGACUUAACUGAAAGAAAAUAUAAAGGAGACUCCACUAUUAGAGAACUUAAAGCAAAACUUUCUGGUGUUGAAGAGGAGCUGCAGCGGACUAAGCAAGAAGUCCUCUCUUUGCGAAGAGAGAAUUCUACACUAGAUGCUGAAUGCCACGAGAAAGAAAAGCAUAUUAAUCAGCUACAAACAAAAGUGGCAGUUUUAGAACAGGAAAUCAAGGAUAAGGACCAGCUUGUUUUAAGAACAAAAGAAGCAUUUGAUACAAUCCAGGAACAAAAGGUGGUUUUAGAAGAAAAUGGUGAGAAAAAUCAAGUACAACUAGGAAAGCUUGAAGCUACAAUAAAAUCAUUAUCUGCAGAACUUCUAAAGGCAAAUGAAAUUAUCAAGAAGUUACAGGGGGAUCUGAAAACUUUAAUGGGUAAGUUGAAAUUGAAGAAUACAGUUACUAUUCAGCAAGAAAAACUCCUGGCUGAGAAGGAGGAAAAAUUACAAAAGGAACAAAAGGAAUUACAAGAUGUUGAACAGUCUCUUCGAAUUAAAGAGCAAGAGGUAUGCAAAUUACAAGAACAAUUAGAAGCUACAGUUAAAAAACUUGAAGAAAGCAAACAACUUCUAAAAAAUAAUGAAAAGUUAAUCACGUGGUUAAAUAAAGAACUAAAUGAAAAUCAGCUAGUGAGAAAGCAAGAUGUAUUGGGACCUUCUACUACUCCGCCUGCACAUUCUAGCAGCAACACAAUCAGAAGUGGAAUUUCUCCUAACCUGAAUGUGGUUGAUGGUAGACUGACUUACCCAACCUGUGGGAUUGGUUAUCCUGUCUCCUCUGCAUUUGCAUUCCAGAAUACCUUCCCUCAUUCGAUAUCUGCCAAAAAUACCAGCCACCCUGGUUCAGGAACAAAGGUUCAGUUUAAUUUGCAGUUUACAAAACCAAAUGCAUCACUAGGAGACGUUCAGUCAGGAGCAACUAUUAGUAUGCCUUGCUCAACUGAUAAGGAAAAUAGUGAAAAUUUAGGGUUGGAAUCCAAAUACCUGAAGAAAAGGGAAGACAGCAUUCCUUUACGCGGACUCAGCCAGAACCUAUUUAGUAGUUCAGACCAUCAGAGAGAUGGCACUUUAGGAGCAUUACAGGUGUCUUCCAAACCCACAGUGCUCCCCUCGGCAUCUUCAGCAUAUUUCCCUGGGCAGCUACCAAACAGUUAAUUCUAGUGUAAUGUUUUACUUUUUACUGAUAUUUUAGAAACUCAGGUGCUUAAAAAUAUGUCAACACGAAUCAAAUCCUAAAAUAGCAAGUUUCAAAUUUUACUUGAGCUGUUGAACUAGAUCCUUUAAGUACUGCUAUCUUUUAUGGCAGUUUAUAGGAACAGAUUUGUACUUGGGGAUUGGUAAAGCUUGUGAGUAAAUGACAUUUUUUGGUUUGUGAACAUGGUGUUUUAUAGAAUAAUAAUAUGUAUUUUAUUAAGCUAUUCUUUAGAAAUUCAGUUCUAAGGAAAGAGUUGAUCCUUAUAAGGGAGAUUUCAAUCAUAUUGAAAAUCUGGGUAAAGUAAAACCUGCUCAUAACCUCAUAGUAUGCAACCAAAGUAUGCUAAUUCAUUUUAUCACUUUCAUUGGUAAAGCAAAACUUUUAAAUUCAACACCUGAAAAUUUUGAGGGAAAAUGAUUAUCUCCUGAGAUAUCUAUAUUAUUGAUGACAUUUAAAGGGAAAAGUCCUAAAUUUACCUUAAAUAACUGAAAUGAAUUAAGCCUUCGUAGCAUAUUUUCCUUGAAACAUUUAAAUUUGCUACUGAUGAAUCAAAUAAACUUGAUAUACUUAAAAAAAAUUUGGACAGUGUAUUUGUGACCAGAUUAAGUGCUUUAGUCAUUUGAGCUGAAAAGUUUUUUAAAACUUAGUGCUUCCUAAAUGUUUAUACUCAUCUAGUUUUUCUCAAUUUGUAGUUUUAUUAUGCAGUUAAAUCUCUAUCAGUGGAAUUUUAAAACUUGGUACUACUACUAAAUCUGUAUCAUGAAUGAUUCAUUUAUUUUUGUAGUAUCAACUUGGGUUGAUUUCAAUGUUAAUAAACUAUGCAAAACAAGUAACUGUUAGAAGGUACAAUUUUCUUCUCUUCCCUGUAACUAAGUUUUAAGAAUUGUUCCUUUGGAAAAAUUGAUUUUAAAAUUCACCCAGAAUCAUAGGGCCUCAUUUUGUUUUCUUAUUGACAAACAAUACCUGAUAGCAUUCGCUAGAGUCUUCCAAAUCAAUGUUUGUAAAGUACUAAUGCUCAUGUGGUAAUUUUAAAAUUAGUUUCAAAUACUUUAUUAUACAGAUGAAGAAACAUUUCAAGAUAUUAAUGAUAUAAUAAUGUUACUGAGUUCCAUGGUAAGAAUCUUUGCUAAAUUUUUUUAUGAAGCCAGUAUCUUGAAACUACUGGCAAUUGAAAGUGUCUUAAACUAUGGAUCUAAUCUGAAAAUUCAAUAACUAAUAUUAGGCAGUGAUACUCCCCCUCCCCCCCCCAUUUAAAUAUACUACUGUAUUAGUGAGAAUACUUGGUAGAGUCACUUGAAAGCACUUGCUAUUCUGGAAAGAAGCUUCUUGGUGAUUUUGGAAGGGGCUUUGUUGUAAAUACUAUGUAAUAUAUAUAAAAUAUUAUGACAGGUUUUGGAUGUGAUGCAUGACAUACAGGUAGCUCUCUUUUUUUAAAUAUAGAUCUCUAUCUCUUUGCAUAUAUAUACACAAGGAAAGUUGAAUUUUCAAAAAGAUACCAUGCUAUCAUCUUGCAGAUUUUUUUGUAUUAAAUGUAUAUAGACUUCCAAGUGUGCUAAUUCUUUGCUCUACCUCUUAAACUUUUAGUUGCAAUUGUUUUGCAGUGUAAAAUUGUACAUGUGUUAAUAAUCAAAGUGUUGCAUUUAAUGUUAUUUCUGUAAACUCUGAGCUUUGUUAAUAAACUAUUAUACAGCAUCUACACUUUGAAAGUCAAGUACUUCAAAGCUAA